AGAUGUUGGAAAAACGGGUGCACGAGAGACAACCCCAAUCAUAAGACACUACUCUCAGAUUACAAGAUAAAAAGAUGUUUUUCCUUCCAAGUUGUAGUCUUGCAUCUUGUUCUCGACGCUGUGCUCGCUUUGGUGCGGAAGCCUCAGCUGCGAGCAGCCGACCCGGGUCUUCCGCCAGUACGUCCAUAGUGUCGACAAAUAAUGCGCGAGCACAAAUACCUUCGUGUGCUGGGUCUCGGAGGUUUUCUACGAGUGCAGUAACUUGUGGGCCACCUCCCUGUGAUUAUUCUCGUACGUUUUCUACGUCGACCUCCUCUGAACCCGUUCCUCAUCCUCCACCAGAUUCUGGUAGCAGAUCUUCCACGUCACCAGCUAACGCCAUGUGCUCGCAGUCUCCGAUGUUGCACCUCGCAUCUCCGAUGUUGGGUCGAGGAGGCGGUCUGUUGAAGUUUUCCGCACCCCUGUUUUACCCGCGAAGGAGUCACGAGUUUGUCCGCAUGAAGAAACGAAUGCAGGGAGCUAAAUGUUAUGAGACUACUCUUGAACUUUUUUUUUCAGCAACGAGGACAGUCUAAUCCCAGCAACAAGGUACAAAAAGACUGAACUAACGAGGACAUGUCAUUACUAGCACGACUGAACUACCUCAAAUCCAUUAGACAAUAUGGAUAACGAGGGCACAUGGCAUGGCAUCCCAGCAACGAGGACAUGUCAUUACUAGCACGAGCAAAAAGAGUUGAGUUCGUGCGAGCUCUCGAGGCAAAAUGCAAGAACAAGAAGUAGUAGCGUUGUAGUCUACUUCUAUACCCCUGGAGUGCUGGGUACAUUCAUUCAUUUUUCAUUAUUCCCUCGUCUUAAUAUCCCCAAUUGCCAAUUUUCAAUAGUUGGGUCAUCUAGUUCUAGAGUAAAAAUUUCCUCUAGCAAAUGAUUGAGAUCCCACCAAUGUUGCUGGGAUCGAUUAGAAUUACUCUGAAUCAACGCUGGUGGGCACGAGCCUCUAAUCGGAGCAACGUUGGUGGGCACGAGCCAAUAAUGAAAAGCUAAUCCGAGAAAAGACCAAGGACCCAUUAAAAAAGGAACAGUUCUUGGAAUUCAGCAAAGCGAACUCAUGGCCCCGUCACCUGCGAGAUAAUCGCAUGCCGGCAAAAAUCGAUUUGGCUUUUUUUAUGAAAAAUUGAUUUGGCAUUUUCGAUCAUGAUGUAGUUGCUUGGUGUAGUAAGUUGAGUUUGAGAAGCUGUUUGGGAUAUGCCUUGUUUUGACCAGAUGAAUUUGGUUUAUUGAGAACCCUAGAACCAAAAUCAUCUCUCAGAAUAACUAACACUCAAAAGUACGACCACAACCAUUGUUUCCACGCUUCAUCACCCACAUGAACAUCGAGCAAGGAGACUUGGUACAGGUUUUAUACGGCAGAGAUGCAGGCAAGCAAGGUGUUGUUCGCAGAGUUUUGCGGAAGAAGAAUUGUCUCCUAGUUCACGGAAUGAACAUGAAGAAAACCUUUAGAGUGGACACGAAGGUAGGGGAAACCCUGGUGACGACGGAAAUGCCUAUUCAUGUGACCAAUGUUGCACUUAUGAAUGUUCGAAAAAAAUAGAGAACUCUAUAAUUCAUUAAGAGACCAAAUCUUCCUCUGGCAGAGGACCCCAUCUCACACUCACUUCUAACUGCCCAGUCGACCCAAUCCUAAAGAAACCGACCAGAGUGAAGAAGCGGUACACGAUGCAUGGCGAGUGCGUUAGGAUUUCGAAGGUUAGUGGAUGUGCCAUGCCAGAUCCAGUCUUCGUCCAACGGGAGGAAAGAGAAGAACUCUUUAAUUAUGGGACACGUUUCUAUACAAGUAGACUCGUAAGCUUAGUUUCUAAAGACUUCGCUGCUACAUUCUUUGCGUGAGAUCCAUCGUGAAGACCAUCUAUGACGCCCUUAUGGCAGUCUGCACUGAACUUUGUGCGAGAUUAAUUGUAUUGUAUAAGUAUGGAUAAGGAAAUGGUUUCAGGGGCGGGAGCAGGUAGGUGUUAAAUCCUGUGAAGAUUGAUCCUGAUAGAACUAGAAGGGAAUAACAACCUCCUUACCCCAACAUGUUUGCUGGACACUUCCACACCACCUCUUCUUCUAACUCAAGAAGUGGCAGUUCCAGAAAAGCCUGAAAAAAAGUAUGCGUGGCGUGGCGAACCAACUGGUUGAUAAGAGGCACUACCAAAUGCUGGCAAAGGGAGUGGCAGUCUGACGGAUGCUAGCGUAGGGAGUCGUGGGAGUUUGAGGUCGUGUGGAAUUAGUUUCUACUUCUGCUUCGUCGGGACAUCAUGUUGAUGAUGCUUAUUGAAUUCUUCACAAGAGGUGGAAUUUUCAUACACACGAACCUGAUCUCACUUCUCACUCGUCUUAAUAAUCGCUUGUGACUUCUUACUUGUCUUAACGUAGAGAAAGUCGCAGGAUGUUGAAGAGAUAGCACGCGAG